AUGCAGUUCAUUGAUGUUGGUUCAAAUGAGUUAACAGGAAAAGUUCCCGACCUUAGAAAGUUGCAAAAACUUUAUCAUGAUAAUAACUUUGGAGGUUUCUUGCCCAAAUCUAUUGCUAACAUUUCGAGAAACCUUGGAUUUCUCCAUCUUCACAAUAAUCAAAUUUCAGGAGUGAUUCCCAGGGAAAUCUCUAAUCUCAUUGGGUUGGAGGUUCUAAGUAACCUAAAAAAGUUGGGUUUGUCACAGAACAAUUUGUUUGGAAGAAUUCCAUCGUCUUUUGGAAAUCUUACUAUUUUACUUAUCCUUUAUUUAAACGGGAACUACCUCCAUGAUAGUAUUCCUGCGAGUAUUGGAAAAUGCCAAAACCUAGAGUGGUUAAAACUUUCUCAAAACAACCUUAGUGGUCACAUUCCAAAGGAAGUUCUUAGCCUCUCAUCUUUGUCAAUUGAGUUGGAUCUCUCUUACAACCAGUUGGUAGGUUCCAUUCCAAAAGAGGUUGGAUAUUUGAAGAAUUUAGGCUACAUGGAUUUGUCCUAUAAUUCAUUGUCAGGCCCUAUUCCCGUGGAGCUUGGUAGCUGUGUGUACUUGGAAAUGUUGAAUCUAACAAAUAAUCACCUCCAAGGUGCAAUUCCAUCAACAUUUACAAAUUUGCGAGGCUUGCAAGUUUUACAACUUUCUCACAACAAUUUGACCGGAAAAGUCCCAGCUUUCUUGAAGGACUUCAAAUUUUUACAGAAUUUGAAUCUUUCUUACAAUGAUUUUGAAGGGGCACUCCCAACAAAAGGGGUCUUCAACAGCACAAGUUCUGUUUCAAUUGUAGGAAACAGAAAGCUCUGUGGGGGUAUAACUCAGCUCAACCUCCCUAAAUGUAUUACUACAAAGUCCAAAAAAAUGAAAUCAAAAGCUCAUUUGGAAGUAGCAAUUCCUUUGAUUCUUGGGAUUGUUGUCCUAGCUCUUGCAGUUUUUAUUGUUUACUUUAGAUGGUUAAGAGGACAAAGAAAAGAACCAUUUCCUAAUAAUCUGUUAGAAAACCCCAUUUUAAGAGUGUCGUAUCACUCACUCUUCAAGUCCACUAAUGGGUUCUCUUCAGAAAAUUUACUAGGAGUUGGUGGUUUUGGAGCUGUUUAUAGAGGAUAUGAUGUUUUGAUGAUGAUGGAACUACCUUUGCAGUCAAGAAGUUUUGAAGCUGAGUGUGAGAUAUUGAAAAGCACCCGGCACCGCAAUCUUGUCAAGGUACUAACUGCUUGCUCGGGGUUUGAUCUUCAAGGAAAUGAUUUCAAGGCAUUAGUUUACGAGUACAUGGAUAAUGGGAACCUUGAGAACUGGUUGCAUUUUAGUCCCCAAGAGAACAUUGAGAUUGAAGAGAAUAAAUAG